AUGGUCAUCGAUAUUCGUCCCAAUUUAGGCCCGCAGGCGAUCUCGACAAAGACAUCCAAGCCCCUGAACAAGACCCAAUCGAUCAUUACAAAUCAUUCUUUCCUGACGAUAGCAUUCACAGAUGGCAUCAAUUCGACCCCUGACUUUCCCGCCAUCGCCUCCAACCAUCCCAACAACUUCCACGCUCCCUGGACAUCCACCAUCUUCGCGGCAGUCGUCAACCCGAGGACUUCUACCCCCCGUUUCGGUUGCGGGUUGACCUCAUCGACCUUCUGGCGAUGCUUUCUCAAAGCCCGCUCUCUGCCUUUCAGUCUGCCGUUCUGUCGCCUUGGAAGAUCUAUUUUUUUCGAACGCAAGAAACAUAAAAUCAGCCUCCACGCCUCCUCUAUUCACCAGGGAAACCCAAGAAACAGCGCUCCGCAAAGAGCUCGUCUCGUCAAAGGGAAAAAAAGACUCACCGUCCCCAAUAAACCUCGCAAAACCCCUCGUCCUCGUCCACCCGAGGAGUCCCGCGCCGAAGGUCGUGAAUGGUACGCCGAGGGUCAGUAUGCCCGAGGAGAAGAGCGACGUCUCCCUUGA